AUGGCGGGUAGCGGCCCGCCGCGCACCCUGAAGGCCGAGGCGGAGGCGCAAGGCGCUAAACCCAAAUUCCGCUCCGCCGCGUCCUGCCCCAGCAUGUACCCAGCGAGCGGGCGCUCUGCUUCUCCUCCUAGGAAAGAAACGCAACGAAGUUUCACAAACUUCCCAGGACUGGGUGAAAAAAGCCGGGUUGACAAACCUGCCAAUUUAAAGGAAAAAAAAGAAGCCAUUCCUGGUAUUUAUGGAACAACUCUGCCAAUCAACACCUUCACUCACCAAGAAUUGCAUGUCUAUGGUCUGGAAACUGACUGUUCUGCUGAAAAGAAAUUUCAUUCACCAGAAGGUACUCUUACAAGCCCAAUUUACAAGGACCACUAUAAAGUUGCAAUUGAACAGUUGACAAGUCUUAACACGUCAAAAAAUUCUAGGACAAAUCAGCUGAAUUCCAAUAGCAACAAACAAGGGCAAUUCUAUUCCUGGAGCCAUAUACCUAUUCAAGGCAAUACUUCUUUCAGCAGAGACUUCAGCAAACCUGAUGCAGAAUUGCAAUCUGGCUCCAGUGAUGGUCUUACAAAUGUAGCCACUACUAAUCCGGCGGUACAAUGUUUUACGAAGAGAUAUCACCCUGUUUCUUACCCAGAAACUAAGAAGACCGCAUUGGAAAAAAACUGCAGAAAAGAUGAUGGAGACACUCUCAAAAAGACCAAUGAAGUUACCAGUUCAGAUUCUUAUCUUGCUACGGAUAGUAGCAAUGAUGACAUACAUGCAGCAAAUAAAUGGAAAUCAAAAAAAAGAAAUGUUAACACAGAAAGCAAGCGUUUAGUAGAAGAAAAGGAAGUGACUGAGAGCGAGAAAAGAAAUACAGCUUUGCUGAAAUAUUUCAAACAUCUAAAUGUUAACAUAAAGACAGACCCUUUCGUGAACCAGGAAGAUGCUCCCUCUUUGCUUGAAAAUGACAAAUUUCCAUACCCUGAUUUUCUUCCUUCACCCUAUAAUAAUUUGGAUUUAAAAAAAUUGUCCCUAUCCAAAUCUGAUAGUUGGAAAUCAUCUAUAAAUCCACCACUUAAUGACUCACUUGAUAAAAUCGUCUCGCGUCUUGUAGAAAUGGAAAGGUUACAGCACUUAACCAUCUUAAGAGAAAAGAAAAAAGAGGCUGUUUCCACAGUUGCGGCUGCUGGCAAUCGUUCGAUUUCUCAAAAGAGUUACACCAAUCAAAACAGCCAAGGCCACUUGAUUGCUUGUGUUGCCUGUUUAGGCCAGAAAGAGACAUAAAAUGCAGCUGUCAAAACUGUCACAGUCACAAAAAUUCCGCAACCUCUGUACGUUCACCCUCAAAGCCAUCGUAAGCAUCAUGCAGUAACUUUUAAGGGCAUCAGGAUUCUGAGGGGGUAGAAAAAACUUUUUAAGGGAACUUUCAGCAAACACAGGACGAUGGUAGAUGUCCAGAAUAUGGAACAGAAACAUUUUUGUAGCAAUCAAUUUAGUUGCUUGUUUCUUCCGUAAGAUUAUGUUCUUUGAUGAACAUUAAAUCGGCAUUAAAUUGUUUGCACGGAUGAAAUGAUAGACAUUGUCAGAGAAGGGUCCGGCAAAGCUUUCAUGGAUGAUACUGUGGUGAGACUACUCUAUGAACUUAGAAUCACAGCCCAUCUGAAAGGUGUAUAUUGCAGCUUAGUGAUUGUCUCAUUGUUUCA